AUGAAAACCUUCCCAUCAGGUUGCAUCAUCUCAAUUCAAGACUUCCUACUCGAAAAUGACCCCCAUCAAGAUCCGAACUUGAAUAUUCACAGCGAGAAGACGCACGGUAUGCCUGUGGAGAAGUGCAUAGAGCUAAUAUCCGGUGUCCUCAAGCAGAACAUGUUUGAUUUGGAUGAUGCUGGCGCUGCCGUGACUGAGCUUGACAACAGCCAAAUCCGGCGCUUCCUACCUCAGACAUUCGAAGGCUAUGCUCCUGCUCUUGCCUUGGCAUUCUCCUCAGAAGUUACUUGA